AUGGCGAAGGUUUGGAGGACAGGCGUCACCAAGGGCGCUGCGCUGGGCUUGAAGGCGAUAACAAAACCGACACGUAAACCUCGCAAGGCGGCAGCCAUACGUGCAGCCAAGAAAGGGCGAGCUGCUAGGCGCGCUGCGACUGGGACUAUAAGCGCAAUCGCUACCCUGAGCCGUGUACCGAUAGCCAUGAGCAGGGAGGAGAGCAGCGGGGCAGAACCAAGGACGCUGCGGUCGAACCCCACCGCCGAAGCGUCACAGCCGCCCAGUGAUGUCACUAAAGUGUGGGGAAAUAGUGACCGUGUGAGGGGCAGAUGGUCUUGCGCUAUUUGCUCCAACAUCAACCCUGCGUGCUUCCCUCGGUGUUCACGCUGUAAGCUUUAUCGUGUACGACAAGAGGAGGUAAUUGAUCGACCAACUGGCAAAGCGCUUGCGAGCGCCAUUACUGAGGCACUCUGUGCCAUUGAGACUACAACCGAAUGUGCGGCUAAUACCACAAUUUGUACGGCUCCUGCCACCAACUGUAAAGCUCCUGCCACAAACCGUAAGGCUCCUGUCACCAACCGUAAGGCUCCUGCCACCAACCGUAAGGCUCCUGCCACCGACCAGUUGCACUACCGGAUAUGGGGGGAGUAUUAUACUGGUCGGGAUGUUACAGUUGACCGCAGAUUUGCGUCGACUGUCGAGGUGUGGCAGGUGGCCUGUAUAAAUGACAGGCGUGAGACAGACCUGGGCCCUGUGUACCAAGUACUGUGGGUACACCCCGACAGGACUUGCAGGAAGUUAUAUCAGCGAUCAUGGGAACCAAGGGCCAAUCUCCGGGAGGAUGGCUUCACUGAGGAGGUGGAUCUCGUCGACCGUUGGAAAGAUUCUUCCGUGCCACUCUUUGAGGACUUCUGGAGAGAUGACCAGCGUGCAGCAGAGCUCGCUGGUCGUCCAGAUCUCGUUACUCAGCAGGACAUCGACCAGUACGUCGAGGACAUUCUCGUGCAGUACGGCCGUGAUCUCCGCGAGGGUGCAGCAUGGCUGGAUGUGCGCGGCUUCCUAGUGCGCCUUCGGGAUGGAGGACGUGACAUCGCGUACAACGCCUUUGUCAAGAACAACUACGCCAUUCCAGGUCGUCGAGGUGCCCGCGUACUGGAGGAGAUCAAGAUCAAGGAUGGAAUCUACAUCGUUGGAGCCUACAACCAUCGUUUUAUUGGUCAUGGGGCGGUGCUCACAGUUCAAGGGACCAAGCGCCUUCUCUACGACUUGAAAGAAGGUAAGCCGAUCUCAUCCGCGGAGGGGUGGAUCAACUUUUAUGCAUUUGUUCGUCCUUUCAAGAUCCAUAAGUAG